CUCUUGUAGACCAGGAUGGUCUCGACUCACAGAGAUCUGCCUGCCUCUGCCUCCCCAGUGCUGGGAUUAAAGGUGUGUGCACCCCGGCUGUCGCUUGAUUUCUUAGCUGUCCUCUCUUCCCUGCAGUUACUGUCCAGGCUGACUGAGCGCUUCGUGCAGGGAGUGGACAUGUUCAUGGAGACUAUAUGGAAAGUUUGGAUGGAGCUCUUGGAAGUCCUUGGACUUGACGUGUCCAACCUGUCACAGUACUUCAGCCCAGCCUCUGUGUCCAACAAUCCCACCCGGGCCCUGGUGCUGGUUGGUGUGGUCCUCCUGGCCUACUGGUUCUUAUCUCUGACAUUGGGUUUCACCUUCAGCUUCCUGCACCUGGUGUUUGGCCGCUUCUUCUGGCUCGUACGAGUCAUCCUGUUCUCCAUGUCAUGCGUGUAUAUCCUGCAUAAGUAUGAGGGUGAGCCUGAGCACACCGUGCUACCGCUCUGCCUCGUGGUGGCCAUCUACUUCAUGACAGGGCCCAUGGGCUACUGGCGAGGCAGCCCUGGUGGCCUUGGCAGCCCCAGUGUGGAGGAGAAGCUGGAACACCUGGAGAACCAGGUGAGAUUGCUCAACAUCCGUCUCAACAGGGUGCUGGAGAACCUCGACCGCUCCAAGGACAAGUGAAGGCCAGGUGCCUGGCCACCCAAGGGUGCCACCUGCAGUAACGUCAGAAGACAAGGGAAGAAGAAAACAGCUGGCAGCCCCAACAAACCCUACCCCUCCCAAUAAACUGAACAAGAAUGCCACACCUGGUAUUUCCCACUGUGUGUCGACCUUAAGGCCCACUGGAGGAGAAAGAACUUAUGUAGAACUUAAUCAGAAUGUUGCUAGUGGGAAAAACAUAUUUUUUAAAUAAUGGAUAUACCCCUAUUAGCUGAGUAGUCAGAGAAAUUUAUCUGCAUAGACCAUGAAGUUAAUUUUUUUCAAACAUUUAAAUCUUUUGUAAGGUUUUUAAAUAAAGGCAGAUCAAGUCAAGUUUAUCAGAACUUGGAAGGAAUCGGAAGUGUAAACUGGCUGCUGGGUAAGCGCUGUGUGCAUUACCUUCGUAAUCCCAAGUGUGACCUUGUUUUUAUGUCUUCUGGGGUUGGCAUUGACUUGGUUCAUGAGUGCUGUUAUUGUGGACACUUGGGCUUCAGAGUGGAACUAGAUCAUUUUGGAUCCUAGGGACCCUGUGUGCUCCUUCCAUUGUGUUCCUUUAUGUCUUUCUGUUUUUAUGGUGCUGGGGGUGCUGAGCCUACCCCCACCCCGUCCAUUGUGUUUCUGAAUGAAGGUACCCAUAGGUGUCCUGGGAUCUUUUUCUUUUCCCUGGACUUUAGUGUAGUCUAACACCUGGUUUUCCUAGAAGGGAAAAUACAUAGAUGGGGCUAUAAAAUGUCUUUGUAGUUUGAUGCCAAGAACUUCCUGGAUGGGCCUUGGAGAUAUUCCAGAAUAUAGCUGACUCUCACAUUCCCUGUUUGCCAGGUAGGUCCAUAUAGCCAGCUGGACCCUGAAAGGAUUUGCUCAUUUGUUUCAUUUGCUUCUAAUUGACUCAAGACCAUAGAAGAAACUGUUUAUGGCCAGUAACAUCUUUCAUUUCAUUGCUUCUAGAACAUUCUUAGACAUAAGCAACCAUGAUAUGAAUUGUUUGUCCUGAACUUUUUAUGAUUAUGUGUGUUAGGUGCUUUUUGUCUGGGGUCCAGGAAGUUGUUGUUUUAGCUUAGCCUUGGGGAAGGGGGUGGGCAAAAAAUUGUGUCAGAGGCUGGAAGCAAUACCCCUCUGCUAGGACUCUGGAAAGAAAGCUGGCUUUUGCAGGAUGUGGCUAGGAUUGCCAUUGUCUCUGUGGUCCUUCAGUGUACCCUGGAGCCACUGAGUCCCAACUUCAGCUUGGUGGAGGCACCUGUCAGUUUUCACUGCAGACCUUGGUAGAGGGACCCAGCUGAUGCCAGCUCUGCUGCCAUAUAUCUGAGAAGUUCUGUUUGGGGUUGCAAGUGCCUGGAACACAGAUUUGGAUCUUUCUGAGGAUGUGUCUGAGACCUCUGUUCUCGUUAUGACCAUAUGGGGCUCACACCUGCUUGAAUUUCAUUCACUUGUGAAACUCAUACUGGGGAAAUCUCUCCAUGGACGUUGAACACACAUGACUUCUGGUGUGAGACAUUCCACUUAUGUAUUGUUGAGAUACUGUAAAGAAAUCUACUUGCAGCACAGGAUAUAAGUACCUGGGGGAGGGUACAUUGGUGGCUAACAUCGUCUUUCCUUCCAAAUGUCUGGCCAAAUCAUAACAAAAGUUUGCUUUGCAGAUAUUGGCUAUCAGCCUCUAAAAAACUGGGCAUCCCUGUUCUUGCCUUGGCUCCUCUCAUUGGUGGCCACAGAGAUGUCCUAUUUCAGGUCCUAGACAGUCCAUUGUAGCUGAGUAUGCAAUUCCAGUAUUCAGGAGGCAGAAGCAGAAGGAUUGCUGCUAUUUUGAGGCUAGCUUAGUUUAAAUAGUAUAUUCCAGGCCAGCCAGGAUUACAUAGCAAGACCAGAAGCCAGGUUUAGUGGUACACAAGAGCCAGAGGCAGGCAGAUCUCUGAGUUUGAGACCAAUCUGGUAUAUGUAGUGAGUUCUAGGUCAGUCAGAGUUAUACAUUGAGACCUAGUCUCAAAACAAUAACAAGCAAAAAAGUUUUUUAAAAAAAUCUGCAAUUUUUUUUUCCAGCCUGACCAAAUGUAGACUCUAAAGCCAGUUUUAUGGUUUGAUAUCCACAAAUACAAGAUGCCUUCAUUUUCAUUUAAUUAUUUCUUUCAGAUAGGGUCUUAUGUAUCCUAGGCUGGCCUUGAACUUGCUCAAGUAGCUGAGACUGGCCUUAAACUUCUGAUCCUCCUGCCUCCACCUCCUGAGUGCAGGGAUGAUAGGGGUGGGACUGAGGCUACAUGCAUAGUAAGAGAUCACUCUAGAGUCCAGCCCCAGGAUGCCUUCAUUAUAAAUGGAAGAAUGCACUUGAAGUUCUAGCAGUAGAACUUGAGGUGGUAGAUGCACAUUUACCUUGUUGGGAUGUGUUUUUGUUGUUGUUGUUUUUUUUUUUUUUUGAGGCAAGGUCUCUCUACAUAUCAUCCCUGGCUGUCCUGGAACUCAACAGAGAUCCACCUGCCUCUGCCUCUCGAGUGCUGGGAUUGAAGGUGUAAGCCACAAUGCCUAGCCUUGUUUGGAUGUAUUCUUUUUUUUUUUUUUUUGAAUU